CGGCACGCGGUUGUGUUGUAUGACCGAUUAAAAUGCUUGGUGGCAAAGGAAAACAAGAAAAACCAGCGGCUUGCGAUUAAUCCCGUCAAUUUCUUCUCUACGCGGACACUUGCCCUCCCACGGAGCCAGACGACGCCGAUUAUUUUGGGCGAAAGAGGGAGAGGAACCGGCAGGCUUCGAGUUUUGGCUCUCGAAGCGAAGCCUCGGUUGGAGGUACUCAAUUGAAGGCUUCAAUCGGGUUCUCUCCGUUUUACUUGCGAUUCCAUGGGAGUGUCACCAUCCAAGGAAGAAUUGGUCUACCAGCAGGUCGGCUAUGGCAACGUCGAGGGGAUCAGGGCGCUUCGCAGCCAAGGGGCUGGGCUUGAGUGGAUAGAUAAAGAAGGGAAGACCCCUUUGAUCGUCGCAUGCUUGAGGCAUGAUCUUGUCCCUGUUGCCAAAGCUCUGAUUGACUUGGGUGCCAAUGUCAACGCUUAUAGGCCUGGAAGCUAUGCGGGAACUCCCUUGCACCAUGCUGCAAAAAAGGGCUGUGAACAAAUGGUCCACCUCCUCCUUUCCCAUGGAGCAAAUCCUUGUGUCCUGAAUGAUGAUUGUCAUACUGCUCUUGAUUUGGCGAGAGAAAAAGGUCAUUUAAGAGUUGUCAGGGCCAUUGAGAGCCGAAUUUCUCUUUUCUCUGGAUGGCUGAGGGAGGCCUUUGGACCUGGUUUCUUAGAAACAUUUGCUCCACAACUACUGAUUCGUAAAAUUUGGGCUGUGGUUUUGCCAUGUGACCCUCGCAAUCCAAAAAAUCCUAGCAAGUUUGAGUUAGUUAUCUAUCCUGAUUUGCAGACUGCUAGGCCACGCUCUGUUGUUUCACUCUGGAAAGCUCACAUUGAAGAACCCAAGUUCAACCAAGUAGAUCCUGCUAUUGUCAUUGUUGAAAAAGCUACAAGAACACGGUAUAAGCUUUUCGCUGCAAAUGAAGGUGACAAACAACAAUUACAGUGGUUCUUCAGUGCAUGCCGAGGAAUUCCCCAGAUCACCUCUAUUGUACAGGUCACCUCUACUCUUCCAGAAACGCAGAUAGGUGUUUCAAUUCCCAAUCCACCCCAAACAGUCUCGAACGUUUCGACACAAACAGCAGCUGCAACUAAACGUACCCAGGAAGAUAUAGAAAUGGAGAUGGCUAUAAAUGCCUCCAUACAGACGGCUAUGGCAGAGGGAAUGCCUCCUGUUCAAUCUAAUCCACAAACUAGCGAGACAAAUGGUUGGGGUUGGGGAACCUCUUCACAAAAUACAACUUACAAUGGUUGGGGCACGUCAGGCACCUCAAAUGUUAAUACUACUUCAAAAAUGAAUAGUAGAGUGCCUGUAAAUCAACCAAAUUCAACGAAUGGAUGGGCUGUGCCUGUGGUUCAAUCAGAUGCUUUGCCACCUCCUGUCCAGAACCUUGAACCACCAGUUAUUCAACCAUCUCAUGAAGCUCCUUCUGCACCUCCUAUAUCUGAGGACACAUUGUUUGAUUCCCCUAUCCACUACCCGUCCAUCGAUAGCAGCCCCAUCAAUAUGAGCGUGACAAUCAUAGAGACUGUUCCUGGUAUCGCUGAAACUAAAGUUGCCGGUGCACCCUCCAAAACAGAAUCCAGUGGAGAAAAACCAGGCAGUAGUGGCACAUCUGGCUGUUGCGUUAUCUGCUUGGAUGCUCCAGUGGAAGGGGCAUGCAUUCCUUGUGGGCAUAUGGCCGGAUGCAUGUCAUGCUUAAGGGAGAUUGAAUCAAAGCAAUGGGGAUGCCCUGUUUGCCGUGCCCAGAUUGACCAGGUUGUAAGGCUCUAUGCUGUUUGAAGGAUCCUACGCUGUGAAUUGUGUUAAGCAGUCAAUCAGAGUUAUCAUGCCGUUUGUGAACAAAUAACUGAUAUUUAUCAUGUUCUGUAUGUCAAGCAUUUGGAGUUAUACUGAGUAAUAUUUUGGUUUAAAUGUUGGGCAAUAAGUGAUAUUGGUGGUUGCUGUGGGCAGUGGAUAUUGGGGUUCUGAACAUGCUGUCAAUUAUUAAAAUAGUAAAUUAUGUUCAAGUUUAAA